AUGCCUGGGUUAUUAGGCAAGCGCAAGUCGCGGGCCGAGGAGGAUCCUGAAGCGGUUGCUAAGGCGCAAGAGCUAUUGCGGAAGCAUUUCGAGGCACAGUUUAAGCCAAUAGAUCUUGCGCCGUUGCCGAGGAGAGCAAUUGAGAGCGAGGAUGAGGAGGAUGAGAGCAGUGAAGAGGGGAGUGAUGUGAACUCUGGUGAGGGUGAUGAGUGGGAUGGGAUAUCUGGGGAUGAGGAUGGGACUGAAAGUGAGGGUGAUGAGAGUGAUGAUGAGCCUCAUGUUGUUCAGGUAGUUGAUUACUCCAAUGACUCUUCUGCUGCAGAUGGAAAAAUGAGCAAACAGGAGCUCAAAGUCUACCUGUCCUCUCGCCCACCAGACCCAACCCGAAAAUCUUCCUCCUCCAAACCCAAACCAUCCAAAAAGUCCACCGAUGACUCUUUUCCAGAAGACAGCGCAGAACUCUUAGCGAACGACUUGGCCCUCCAACGGCUCAUUGCCGAAUCUCACAUCCUCUCUGAAGCCGGCGCGAACCCCUCCCACUGGCAAUCCUCCCACGCCGCAACAACCGGCACAAACACGCGUGCCUUUGCCACAGGGCGCAUCGCAAAGAAGACCACCGACAUGCGCAUCCAAGCUUUGGGCGCGAAAGAGAGCAUCCUCACCCAACAAAAGAUGCCCAUGAAUAUGCGCAAGGGGAUCGUCAAGCACCAAGAGGAGAAGGAGAAGAAGCGCAGGCAAGAGGCGCGCGAGAAUGGGAUUGUGUUGGAACGGGAGGUGAAGAAGAAGAAGACUGUUAGGAAGAGGAGGGAGAGGCCGGUGGAUUUGCCGGCUGUGGGUAGGAUGAGAGGAGCUGAGUUGAGGAUUAGUGCUAAGGAGGCGGCCGCUAUCGCGCGGGAGGUUAGGGGGCCACAGGGGCGGGGGAAGAGGAGAAGGUGA